AUGGCAUCUACUGGAAAGUACCAAGAAAUUUCCAACAGGAUCAUAGACAACGGCAAUGAAAACACAAUCUUUGACGAUGGCGACGACGAGGAUGUCGACGCCUGGUUCGUCAGCCUAUGCACGACAGAAGUCGGUAUUGGCAAUCCUCCUCUGACGAUGACCGCGACUGUCGACAACACUUGGAGCACUUUCUUCGUGCCUUCCGCUAAUUGCUCGCACAACCCGAACGAGUUCAAAUCCUGCAGGAUUCAUCCCAUGUACAAUUCGUCUGUCUCUUCGACUUAUCAACCACAUUUGGACCCUGCCAGCGUGCUGUACGUCGGACUUCAUACGUGGGGAAAUGUGUCGCAGGAUAGCAUUCAUGUAGCAGGCAUGGAGAUCAAAGACCAACUUUUUGAGGAAGCGACGGUGUGGCACCCUGACGUCGGCACAGCCGAUCACUUGUUCGACAAUGCACUGGGCCUUUCUCUUUACCCUUCCCACAGUAGCGACGGACCAAACGAUUUCAUGACGACAAGUCCCUUCCAAAACAUGAUGGAGCAGAAACUGCUAGAUCGGAACAUGUUUUCGCUUAGAGUUGGACGGACCGACGAGGAGGCAGGCGAACUUGUCCUCGGAGGUCUUCCUAAGGAGCUCCAGAACCUAGACAUGAUUGAGCUGCCACUCGAUCACAGCCGAAAUUCGUCAGAUUACCCGUGGGAUUACUGGACUAUGAACGGCUGGCAGAUCUCAGUGACAGGCAUGUCGUUCUCGCCAAAUAGCUCCGAGGAUGUCACGCCUGUCCUCGAGUCGCUCCAGAUUGCCGUAAUAUCGUCCUCGUGGCCAUGGAUGGGAUUGCCAACCGACGUGGUAAAGAAAAUACACAAAAUUAUCGGCAUACAGUACACCUUUCAUUGGAUCGAGUGCGAUAAGAGAAGCGAGCUACCCAAUUGGACAAUCACGUUCGGACCGCAUGGGCAAUCGAUCACCUUGACUCCUUGGGACUAUCUGAUUGAAGUCUACGACAGGGUGUUCAAGCAGCUCAAAUGCAUGUCUGCCUUCUUUCCUUUGGAACAAUACGGGGAUAAAGGCUUUAUAAUCCUGGGUCAGCCAUUCUUGAAUGGAUUGCACAGCGUGUUUGAUGCGGACAGGAAGAGCAUCUCAUUCGCGAAUCGAACCGCUCUAGAGAUGAAGUUCAUUUCCCUAGAGUCUGCCUAG